AUGAAGUUUCUCAUCUUCGCAUUGGCUGCGUCGGUUCUCCCAGUCAUUGACGCGGCAGCCAAUUUCAAGAGCACUUGUAACACCGUGAACAACCAGAUGGCCACCCUGACCGGCUCAUUGGCUCAGCUCAAGGCCACUGCCGACAGAUUAGGACAUGCCCACAUUUCAAGCAGAUGUAGUGAAGCCAGCCAACAUCUCGGCUACGCACAGUCGUCGUGGGGUGGAAUCAGCUCUGGAUUUGGCGGGUUCCCGUGGCAAGCAAGGGAUUCAUCGCACGCCAGCAAGGUCCAGUCCCGUAUGUCAUCAUGUGGAUCCUCUUUGGACUGGAUCUACAGCCAGCCGGAGAUCAAUGAAUAUUCCGACUACCAGGCGCCAGUCAGAAAUUGCCGACGCACUUACAGCUCGUGUCAAACUGGAUGUUCGCAAGUAUGGAACUGGCCUUCACCUCCUGGCUACAAGCCCAAGCCCAGUCAAUACGCUGGCUACCACCGUCGUCGUCGUGACACUGGCGAGAAAGUCUGCCCCAACGUCCAAGAGACUGCUUGCCCCAUCAGCGCCAACGCCUCCGGGCACGAAUGUAUCGACACUCAAGUUGAGAUCACUUCAUGCGGUGGAUGUGAGUCUCUGAACGAGGGAGAAAACUGCAUGUCUAUCGAAGGAGCCGAUGAAGUCGGAUGCGAGCUCGGUGAAUGUCGUGUCUUCUCCGCACUCCCUGGAUUCGAAAUCAACGAGACAAAUGGCCGUCCUGUCCCUGUCACCUACUAG